GAGAGAAGAGAGAGGGAAGGAAGAAUGGAGGGAGGUAGGGAUAGAGAGCUGAAGAAGCCUCCUACCAGUGAACCAGUCCUCGACCAGCAGAGUAAUGUGGUCCACAGCCUUGGACACGAGCCCCGCCCUCAUCUUGUCGUGCGCCUCCUCCUCCACCACGGGCGGGGCCGGCUGGGGUGUGGUGGGUGGAGCGUCACGGGUGGAGCUUCGAGAGCCCCUGGAGAGAGACCUCAUUGAGUGUCUCGGAGAUCUGGGGAGGGAGAAAGAGACGUAUGUACAUCAUUUGCAGCAUAGCAAUCUUUGAACUACAGUGUGGGAAACAUAUUGUAAGUAAGCUAUACAGCUACGUAUGUGUUGCUUUUUGUACUUACGCCAUUUCAUUGCUGGGAACUCUGCGUCGGAGGUGGAAACUGUUUGGCCUUUCGGCCAACCCAUUGCCAGAUGGGACAGUCCCAUCCUCAGAUGGGCCGCCCCAGUUUACAGUGGGGCGGGUAGAGCUGGAAACAUUGCAGCUGAGGAGCCGACACCUGUCCUUACACUUGCGAGCCAGUCUCUGGACCUCUUCCUCAAUCUUGUCUAUUUCCACUACCCUGUUUGCACCGCUGCUUCCUUCCUCGUCACAGCCACAUGACCUGUCAUGUGACCCAGACCCUGAGUCAUGUGACCCAGAGCUCUGGAUCAUCUCGGAGGAGGUCUCUAUGUUAACUUCUGGCACUAACGGAGGUCCCGCGUUUGAUUCCGAUGUCACGGAAUGUGCCGCACCCCCAGGAAUGGGUCUGAGACCUCCGGCAGACGACGUGGACUGGAGACUGGAGGAGGAGGGGCCUCGCUGUUUCCCGCCCGUCUUACUCUGGGAGGAGUGUUCGAGGAACUUGAGGAUGGGGAAGAAGUCGGGGACAGUCACACUGAUGCCUGAGAUCUUGGUGUUGCUGCUGCAGGUGGAGAUUCUGUGCAUGUUACCACGUCUCAUAACUGGUGCUACGUAUGAAGAGAUUAAGAAGUAAUUGGGGAGUGGAGGGAGAGCUUAGUCGUGCGUUUUUCCACUAUUGGCG